AUGGCUCGGCGUCUACUAGGUGUAGUACUGGCCGCUGUGCUAGCGCACCAUGGGCUCGCCUCCGCUGCUUCAAAUAAUACGGGCACGGCGCCUGGAUUUGCUGCGGGAACCACAGGCGGAGGCAACGCGAAACCUGUCUACCCCACGUCCAUCAAGGAACUCGCCGCCUACCUCAGCGACGCCGAGCCUCGCGUUAUCGUGCUCAACCAGGAGUUCAAGUUUGUCGACACCGAAGGCUCCACCACAGAGGGCGGUUGCCGCCCGACCAACAACCAGCAGUGUCUCGCCAAGAACAAUGGCUUCAAGGGCCAGGAUGCGAUCCUCAUGGACGGCGACACGAGCAUGAAGCAGACUGGCGGGUGCGACAGCGGCGGCACCUCGGUGGACGUGACGUACGACAACGCGGCCAAGACGGCUCUGACGGUUGCCAGUGACAAGACGCUGGUGGGCGAAGGCACCAAGGGCGUCCUCAACGGCAAGGGCCUCAUCAUCACCGGCAGCAACGUGAUCGUUCAGAACAUCCACAUUACCAACUUGAACCCUCACCUCGUGUGGGGCGGCGAUGGUAUCACUAUCCGUGGUGAGGGCGACGUCGCACCCAAGGGCGUUUGGAUUGACCACGUGAAGGUGUCGAGCGUCGGGCGUCAAAUGGUGGUCAUCAACUUUUCGGGCGCCACAGGUGUCACGAUCAGUAAUUCGGACUUCGACGGCAACACCAAGUUCUCGGCGUCGUGCGACGGCCACCACUACUGGGGUUUCUUGAUCUUGGGCAAGAAGACGGAGCUCAGUUUGAUCGGCAACUACAUCCACCACACGUCGGGCCGAUCGCCCAAGAUCGGAGGCCACAGCGGCGAGACUUCUGUCGUCCACGCGGCUAACAACUACUUCUUCGAGAACUCUGGCCACGCGUUCGACGUGGCAACGGGCGGGUAUGUGUUGGCCGAGGGCAACUACUUCGCGUCCGUCGCGUCGCCCAACCUAGACGACACAACUGGAAACUUCCUGGUGCCUACGGCAGCUGGAGAUUGCAAAACCGCAAUUGGUCGUGACUGCGCUCUAAACGUUCUUACGGAUAGUGGAAAGCUUACGGGCUACUCGCAAGACAAGGUCGCCAGUCAACUGGUUGACGUCAAGAAGCUGAUCACGGACUACAAGGCGACUGCCGCUACUAAAUUGUCAGAGGCCAGCGGAAACUUUGGUGUUGGUGAGCUGGGAGGCGGUGUCUCUCAAACAAGCGCUUCCAGUGGCGCCACCGCGACCAGCGCAGACGCGUCUGCCGCUUCUCAGGAAACCGAAACUUCUAGCGCCGACCAAGACCAGAAGCCCAACAGCCCGGUAGCUACUAAGGCUCCUGCCCCAGAGAAGGCGCCAUCUACGGAAAUGCCUUCCACUCCUGACACUCCAGCGUCGCCCAGUACACCCGCCAAGGAAACGCCUGCACCAGCUACUGCACCAACUCAAUCGAGGACUUUACCCCCGUCAACGCCAAGCCCAGGCAAAGCAAGUCCAGGUAGAGCUCAAGGAUUCGCUGCGGGGACCACGGGUGGAGGCGACGCGAAACCCGUCUACCCCACGUCCAUCAAGGAACUCGCCACCUACCUCAGCGACGCUCAGCCUCGAGUUAUCGUGCUCAACAAGGAGUUCAAGUUUGCCAAUACCGAGGGCUCCACCACGGAGAGCGGUUGCCGCCCGACCAACAACCAGCAGUGUCUCGCCAAGAACAACGGCUUCAAGGGCCAGGAUGCGAUCCUCAUGGACGGCGACACGAGCAUGAAGCAGACUGGCGGGUGCGACAGCGGCGGCACCUCGGUGGACGUGACGUACGACAACGCGGCCAAGACGGCUCUGACGGUUGCCAGUGACAAGACGCUGGUGGGCGAAGGCACCAAGGGCGUCCUCAACGGCAAGGGCCUCAUCAUCACCGGCAGCAACGUGAUCGUUCAGAACAUCCACAUUACCAACUUGAACCCUCACCUCGUGUGGGGCGGCGAUGGUAUCACUAUCCGUGGUGAGGGCGACGUCGCACCCAAGGGCGUUUGGAUUGACCACGUGAAGGUGUCGAGCGUCGGGCGUCAAAUGGUGGUCAUCAACUUUUCGGGCGCCACAGGUGUCACGAUCAGUAAUUCGGACUUCGACGGCAACACCAAGUUCUCGGCGUCGUGCGACGGCCACCACUACUGGGGUUUCUUGAUCUUGGGCAAGAAGACGGAGCUCAGUUUGAUCGGCAACUACAUCCACCACACGUCGGGCCGAUCGCCCAAGAUCGGAGGCCACAGCGGCGAGACUUCUGUCGUCCACGCGGCUAACAACUACUUCUUCGAGAACUCUGGCCACGCGUUCGACGUGGCAACGGGCGGGUAUGUGUUGGCCGAGGGCAACUACUUCGCGUCCGUCACGACGCCCAACCUAGACGACACAACUGGAAACUUUUUCGUGCCUACCCGUGAGAGCUUCUGCAAAACCGCGAUUGGUCGUGCGUGCAAGCUCAAUGUGCUCACUAGCAGUGGUAAGCUGACAGGAUAUAAUGCACGCGCGGCAUUGGGGGAGCUCAGCAAGUAUUCGAAAACCCUGGGCAGCUAUGCAGUAACUGAAGCUGCCCAGUUCAAGGAGGCGAGCGGCAACUUCGGUGUCGGUGAGCUGACUAGCACCGCUGCUGCGGGUAAGAGCCCUGGCUCGAACGAGCCCACGGUUGGGACUGUGGCUCCGUACAGCCAAGGCUCAGCAGAAACUGAGCCGAACGCUAACCAAGGAGACGUGUCUACCCAGACCGAGGUUGGCGCCGAUGCUGACUCGAACGAUGUCACUCAGACUGCCGUUCAGUCGACUGAGACUGAGGCCCGCUCGAACUCGAUCAGCAAGUGCAAGGUUCGCACCAGAAGCUGA